CAACGGUGACCUCAGCCCUGCACCCCCUCACUGGUUGGGCCAGUGAGCCACGACACGCCAGUCUUUAGAGAGGCGUGGUGUGACACUAGCCCCGCCUUGGGGGCCGACCAGGGAUAGCCCGAACGGAGGGAAAGAUACCUUUUCACCGCCCAAGCCAGCCCCAAACCCCGCCCUCGGCCCCGCCCCCGCACGCUCCCCCGGCUGGCCAACUCCACCCAGCCCUAAGACCCCUCUUCUCGUCUGCAGCUGUCUUUCUUGUGUCUGCUGCAGGCGCCACUGGCUGGAGAGUUUUGGCUUGUCUUGAAGACUAUGGCUACAGGAAGGCCUUGAAUUUCCAAUCCUGCCUCCUCUCCUGGGGUUCUGGGAAUACAGCCCUGCGCUACCAGGCCAGACUCACCUGCGUUCCAUUCGGGACACAGAACUAAAAAACAAAACAAAACAAACAAACAAACAAAACCCAGCCCUUGGGAAACAGAGGGCACCUGAUCCACCUUUUCCAGGUGCGCCACCCUCGUCGCCUUUGCAGCGCGAUCUUUCUCCUUCCGGUCGUCAGUUAAGACCGCAGCCAUGCCGGUAUCAGUGACCCGCACGACCAUCACGACUACAACAACGUCCUCCUCCUCCACCAUUGUGGGGUCCCCUCGGGCACUGACCCAGCCGCUGGGCCUCCUCCGCCUCUUGCAGCUAAUAUCCACUUGCGUGGCUUUCUCGCUGGUGGCCAGUGUGGCCGCUUGGACUGGGCCCAUGGGUAACUGGGCCAUGUUCACCUGGUGUUUCUGCUUUGCGGUGACGCUCAUCAUCCUGAUUGUGGAAUUGGGCGGACUCCAGGCCCGCUUCCCCCUAUCGUGGCGAAACUUCCCCAUCACCUACGCCUGCUACGCGGCUCUCUUCUGCCUGUCGUCGUCCAUCAUCUACCCCACCACCUAUGUGCAGUUCAUGGCUCACGGACGGACCCGGGACCACGCCAUCGCGGCCACCACCUUCUCCUGUGUCGCCUGUUUGGCCUACGCCACCGAAGUGGCCUGGACUCGUGCAAGGCCGGGUGAGAUCACUGGCUACAUGGCUACCGUGCCGGGGCUGCUUAAGGUUUUCGAGACCUUCGUAGCCUGUAUCAUCUUUGCCUUCAUCAGCGAGCCAUUCCUGUACCAGCAAAAGCCGGCCCUGGAGUGGUGUGUGGCAGUCUACGCCAUCUGCUUCAUCCUGGCUGCCGUGACCAUCCUGCUCAACCUGGGGGACUGUACCAACAUGCUGCCCAUCCCCUUCCCCACCUUCCUGUCCGGCCUGGCCUUACUGUCUGUCCUCUUGUAUGCCACCGCCAUUGUCCUCUGGCCCCUCUACCAGUUUGACCAGAGGUACCAUGGCUACCCGCGGCGGGCGGCGGAUGCAAGCUGCGCUUAUACGCACCCCCACUCGGUGUGUUACUGGGACCGCCGGCUGGCGGUGGCCAUCCUGACAGGUGUCAACCUGCUGGCCUAUGUGUCUGACCUGGUGUACUCCGCCCGGCUGGUGUUUGUCAAGGUCUAAGGUUAACAAGGGGCUCCCCUCCCCAUCCCUUCUGGCGACCUCUCCAUCUUAUUGGCCACGUUUUUUUGGUACCGUCCUGUUUCCUCCUCCUCUCCUCCCUCCCGUUUCCUCUUCCUCCUUAUAUAUUCCUCCUGACUCAUUGUUCUCUUUCCUUGUUUCGCUUUCUUCCUUUUCCUCUUCCUGUUUGCCUAUCUAUCUAUUUCCUGUUUUGCUGCCCAGGAGCGGUCUCCACAGCCCUCUGCUUUACCUCUUUCAAAUUCCUAUCCCCACGGUUUCCCGGGGAGCCCUCGGAGUUCUUGCUUUCUCUCUCCCUCACCCCUCAAAGGUGCUGACCCCACACAUCCCACCCUCCUUUGCAGUUCUUCACCCCCAUGGGCCUCUUUAGGGCUCUCAUUGCCAAAGCAUGCCUGCCUGCCUGCCUGCCUUAGCUGUGCCUUAGUAUGUGCGUGUGUGUUAAAGGGGUUGGGGACCAGGCGUACAGUAACCUCUAAGUUCAAAAAAAAAAAAAAACAAAAAAAAAAACUCUGGAGGUCAAUAAUUCCCGGUAGCCAGGAGUCUUUAAGCAGAGUCUCUGUCUCUACCUUGUCACUCAGCUUUGCCUAAAAUUGACUCCAGAAUUUUUUACCAGGCUUACUGAAGACCCACUGCCUAGAGGCUAUCCUAGAUGAAGCAAAGGAUGGAUGCCUUUGCUGAAUUAUUCUCUGUGCUAUACAAACAAACAAAACAAAAAACCACCAAAAAUACCCACAUGGUCUUAAAGACAGCUCUGAAGUAUUUCUGAGGGACAGUAAUGGUGGCCCUCCAUCUCAGUGUUAAAAAUAACAUGGCCUGCUUUAGCACAGAUGGGAAGAAAAAUGGCCUCUGUUGGCCUUAAAGGCAUUAUUGGCCUCUUAUUUUUUUCCUGAACAUGAAGGCAAAAAACCAAAAUGACUAAGAAGCUCUUUUUUUUUUUUUUUUAAAGCUUUUGGGACGGGGUCUCAUGUAACCCAAGCUGGUCUCGAACUUAACUGUGUAGCUCAGGCUGCCCUUGAACCCUUGGUCUUCCCGUCUCCACCUCUCAGGUGCUGAGAUCACAGGUGUGCUACCACAUCCAGCUGUGUAGGUCAUUCAAGAGGGACGCUUCUUAACCAUCUUCUCUUGGGUGGGGGGGUGUUGUCAGGAUUGGGACGGCUUGUGUGUGCUGCACACGCUCUGGGUCUGUGUGUCUUAACGUUAGUUGCUUCUUGCUGCUGCUUUCUGCUUCUCUGGGACUCACAUGCAUUAUUGGUAUAUAUAGAUAUAUAUAUAAAUGUAUAAAUAUAUAUUUUAUUUUUUUUUAUUUUCUGGAGCUUUAGGUUCCUCUAGCUCCUCCUGUCAAUCAUCCCUUCCCACCCCCCCACCCCACAUCCAUAAUGUUCUUUUUUUAAAAUCUCAAUAUAAAGAUAACAGGAAGA